GAAUGCAGUUUUUCUUGUCACUAAAAUAGAUGUCAUGGGUUCUAAGAACACACCUUCGUAUAUCUUAUAAUUUGAGUGUCCUUAUUAUUUAUAGAGCGACUGAGGCGAUUAGACGAAGGUAUCGAAGCCGCGUUGCGAGCUAAAGCUGCAAUUGUAGGAGAAGUAUUAGGAGUUCCUGAAACUUUACAGCAACAUUUCUCUGAACUCGCCAUUGCCGAUACACUUGGACAAGUCGACGUUCGAAACGAGUUGCGAGCGACUCGCCAAUCUUCAAUGGAGAGUAGCGAGGAGGAGCUCACUGACUCGCCCGAUGUUAGACAACUACUGUUGGCUGCGCAUGCGCAAGCGAGUCAGUUGACGCAAGCGAUAUCUCGCGCGUUAUCAGUGAACGAGGCGGCCGCGCUCGCAGCACGUACGAGACGAGGACGAUGCGAUAGAUGCAGGCAACGAACGGAUUCUAAUGAAUCUUCUGAGAAAGUGGUGGCAGGUGAAUUAUUAGACCCAGCGUUGGAGAAACAAGUGGCGGAUUCGAUGUCAGCGUUAGAGAGGGGACUACAUUCUGAACCAACGAUAGAUGCGACCGAUGUGGAGGGCGAUGCGGAGAGAGCGCUAGAGAGUAACGCGUCAGCGGCCAUACUGGCGGCGAGAGUGUCAUCGCUGAGUAGCGGACUUCAAGGCGCUGUAAGGGGAUUAUUGGAUGCCCUCCCCGCAAUAGAAUUACGAGCCGUACAAGCGAGGAGACAACUAGCAUUAGCCAGGGAACGGGAGGACAGGAUACAUCACGCAGAUUACCAAAUGACAGAUGAGAUAUACUUUCUCAAACCGGAAGCAGAACAACCUAUACAGGUAAUUUCAUCAUAAUUAUAAUCAUAUUCAUCAUAUUCAUAAAUGGAUUUUAUCAAAAUCGUUGUAACAAUAAUUUGUUUACCUACCUAAUUGCUGACUUAAGCAGCGGUUCGUA